AUGAAAACACCACCUAAUUCAGAGGAUGAGCUGGUUGGAGAAGAAAGUUCGGAUGAGGUAUUUCCAGUGUUUAGACAGGGUGCUAGGUUCAGAAAAUUGCAUUUAGAAGUCGGGAUGAAGUUCAAUACUAAGUGGAAGUUCAAGGUGGCAGUGAGGGAGUUCACUAUACAAGAAGGGAGACGGAUGAGGUUCAGGAAGAACGACGGGAAAAGGGUAAAGGCAGUAUGUGAGGUGAAGGAUUGCAAGUGGGUUGUGUACGCAUCAAGGGACCAUGAAGACAGUUGCUGGCAAGUGAAGACAUUCUUCGAUGAUCACACCUGUCCAAGAGAGGAUAGGAACAGGGCAGCAAAUAGAAAUUGGGUUGCAGGAUCCACUGUUCAGAUUUGCACAAAGCCACAGCCUAAUGGUGAGGUCAUAUUUGAGAGCAUGUAUGUCUGCUUGAGUGGGUGCAAGUCAGGUUUCAGGGCUGGCUGUCGUCCGUUAAUUGGACUUGAUGGGGCUUUUCUAAAAACUGUUUUCGGGGGGCAAAUUCCAUCGGCUGUUGGACAAGAUGCUAAUCAUCAUAUAUACGUUAUUGCUUGGGCAGUUGGGGAAGUGGAAAACUUUAAGAAUUGGAAGUGGUUUCUAGAGUUGCUACAUGAAGACCUUAGAGACUACAAGACUCAUGGGUGA